AUGAUCGUGCGAAUUCUUUAUUACAAUCUAUUCACUCUUAUCCCUUACCAGCUACCUCCUGAAGAACAUCUAGAAAACGAGAAGAUUGACUUUAAAGAUGGCCCUGACAGUGAUAUAGAUGGCUGUAACUUCUUUGAUCUUUCUAUUCUUGGCAAGCGCAGCUCAGGAGUCGGCGCGGAGACUCCUGCGAAGAUGGAAGAUCGUAAUGUUAUUGAGUUUUCAGGCGAUACUUUUCCUUCUAUACAAGGCAAGUAUGUACGCCAAGGUUCGAGUUCUCCGACUAUUUAUUCUCCUGUGUCUUAUUACUUACCUAAGCUUUCUGAACAUGUAAGAAGCACAACCGACUUGGUUGGUAGUCCCGUUCAUAAGGCGUCUCCUCUACGAGAUCAACUCGAAAUGGGUGCAUCUAUGCUUUCACCCCAUGCAAGCAUGAUUACAUCUUCCGAUUCGUUCCACCUACUUGACUCGCCCACUUUAGCUGUACCUUCGCUUUGUCAAAACCCAAGGUUAGACAGUAUCGAAAAAUCUCCUCUUCUGAAUGGUCUUAUUCAGGGUGGCGAGCAUUUGUUUUGA